UCCUUAUUACCUAUAUAAACAUAAUUAUUGUGUGAAGACCGGGUGGCCCUUUUAUUUCUUUCCAAUCCCUCAAUCGUUUUUUUGUCACGAAAGUAGAUCCAUAGAAACAAGUUCGCGUCAUGGCAGAUUAUCACCGAAAAAUGUCUUCACCUCGAAUGAUGGACGACCCUCAGGGCCGAGGAAGCGACUAUGGCAAUGGAGCAUCGAUGAAACGCGAUGUAUCCACCGCGACUUUACUGAGCCGGGAGCAACAACUACGAGAAGAAAUCGCCAGAUUGCGACGAGAAGAACAGGAGUUAAGAGACAAGGACAACUAUAUCAAGCAAAGCAUCGUCUCCGUUAGAGAAAAAUUGGCCGCCGAAAGAAGAGUCAUCUAAAUCCUAUAGCCUUUUUUUUUAACAACUAAUACAAUCCCGCGCACCAUGACCACCAUUUAUAUCACAUCAUCCAACUCAUCGAACCAUAACAACAACAACAACCAUAUCGUCAUUAUAGUUGCUGGGCAUGUCGAUCCGUGAUAUUUUCCUUCUCUGUUAUUUCCUGAUUCCAUUCUCUGCUAUUUUUUUUUUCUUGUUCUUUUGUCAUUCUGGUUUCAUCCGAUAGAUGCGAAUGUGUCUGUGUCUCUAUACGUGCGUGAACGAUAACGCUAAUGUCACGCCAUAUAUUUGUGUACGUGUGCAUAGCCUUUCAUUCUGCAAUAAAAAAAUUAGCGUCGCUGCUGUUAUCGUUGUGAACUUUUUUUUUGAGGAGACGAGGCCAAGCAUGUUGCUCUAGCAAAGCAG